AUAUCGCGUGUCGCAUCGCGCUGGUCUGCCGGAGGCGUAAUUACGUCACAAUGUUAUCAGCUCGAUUGAAAUGAUAUAAUUGUUCUUUUCCUUUUUUACGGUGACGGAAUCAAACCUGUGCGGUUGAGGCGGUUAUUUACGGCACGAAUGCAAUCGAGAAGCAAUGAUCAAACCUCAAGAUAGUUUUAAGCUUCGCGAUUAUCUGGAACUCACAUAACCUGUUAGAGCUACCUUGACGUUUCCUUUCGGCGGGAAUCUCGAAAUAUUCAUGAUUACUGACCAAACUGCCGGAAAAUGCCGCCGAAUCUUCUGAAGAGCAGCUUGGAGAACGCUUCCUUUAACAUUAUAUUUCAGAUAUUCUGCCGCUGUGUCACAUUUGUCUUGAACGCAUUUGUUGUUCGGCAUGUAGGUCAAGCUGUCUUAGGUGUCAUUAAUGUCAGAUUGUUAUUGCUGGAAUCUAUGAUACUGUUCUUAUCACGUGAACCAUUCAUGAAAGCAUGCCUGACUAAUACAGCAGAGCAUAAUUGGGCCCAAGUAGUAAACCUUCUCUGGCUGACAGUACCGAUAUGUGUUGCGAUGUCCUUCCUGUUUGGAUACAUUUGGUUGUUCUUGCUCUCCACUGCAGAAGCAUUACCGCCGUAUUAUACAUUUGCAGUUUGGGCGGUUGGACUGUCGUGUAUCAUAGAACUGUCUUCCUUAAUCGUUCAAUUGGUCGCGAGUGCAUUCCUAUUUGUUAGGCUUAAAAUCAUUCUCGAUACCAUUAUGAUCACUAUACGCACCUUGACAUUUGUCCCGCUCAUAUUAUACCACCCGGAUAAUGCGCUACUCGCAUUCGGCAUAGCUCAGCUUGUCGCGGCGAUAUUUUACACUACUAGUCACUAUGUGUACUUCCACUAUCAUAUCGCGAAGUUAAACAAAUGCGUGCAGAAGCGGAGGAUGUCCCUAAAAGACAAUAGCGAUGAAUAUGUAGUGAGAGAAUUUCCUUUCCGCGAUGUCAAAGACUUCUUACCAGGCCAACUGGCGAAUAAUGAUUCGUAUCUUGAUAGAAAGUUAACUGUUCUCACAUGGAGCUUCUUUAGGCAAGGAAUACUAAAGCAAAUUUUGACGGAAGGCGAGAGAUUAAUCAUGACUAUAAUGCCGGUGUUGACGUUUACGGAACAGGGUAUCUACGAGGUUGUGAAUAAUUUAGGCUCCUUGGCCGCCAGAUUUAUUUUCCGUCCAAUCGAGGAAAGUGGAUACUUCUACUUCACGCAGAUGAUAAAGAGAGACAAAGCCAUAUCUGAUCAAAACCUAAUGAAGGUGCAAGAGAGCGUGAAUGUCUUGACACACUUGUGCUCCAUCGUUAUGUCUAUCGGUCUAAUCGUCCUGGUAUUCGGUCAAUCUUAUUCGAGCACGUUGCUCUGGCUGUACGGCGGCUCGAAGUUGACCCUGCCCUUACCCACCCUCCUCCUAAGAACACACUGUCUCGCGGUGUUGUUGCUGGGAAUUAACGGCGUGACAGAGUGCUACACCAAUGCGACGGCCGAUAGCGCGACGAUAAACAAGAGUAAUUUGAUCAUGGUCUAUGAAUCGAUCGCAUUUCUGGGCGCGUCGUACCUGUUCGCCACUUGGUUCGGCCCGGUCGGCUUCAUCCUCGGCAAUUGCGUGAACAUGAGCCUGAGGAUCGUACACUCCGCGCUGUUCAUCAACAGGAGGCAUCAGGACACGAUCUAUCGUCCCCUGCGCGGAUUAGUCCCGAAGCCGAUGUUCUCCGCGUCUUUACUCGUAGCCGCGCUCGUCACUAAUUUGUCACACGUUUAUUUCUUCCCGGCUGAGAAAGUAUUGCACCUGCUGGUCGGUGUGGUGAUGUUCAUGAUCGUACUUAUGUCUUGGAUAUACGAACAUCACGAAUUGAUCAGACUCGGUACAAACAAGUGGUAUGAAAGAAGAAGCAAGCAAAAGAAGAGCGAAUGACCUUAGACUUUUGUGCUGUGAAUUAUUCUAUUUAUUAUAAUGUCCACUAUGGAUAUCAUAGCUGCAGUGCAGAGAGAGAGAGGCUGUUAACAAUCUUGAAGAAUUAUAAUACGAGGUCUGUUCAAAAAGUAUCGCGAAUUUUGAAUUUCCGCGGGUUACGUAUAUUCGAUUUUCGAUUUUUUUG